AUGACCCUUCAGGCGAUCUAUGAGGGUUUCCUGGCCAGGCCAGAGCCGGAGACUCUCGCGCAGCAGGCCGCGCUGCACUACAUCACCACCACGACCUCGCACACCGGAUCCCAGGACAUCAUCAAGCACCUGCAGGUCGUCCGCCGGACGCUGGACAAGACGUCCCAGGUUACGCUCAGCGCCGUCGAGGGUGCCAGCUCCCUCUGCCUCGAGGUCGAGACCUCCCUGCUCUUUACCUGCGGCGGGGGCCCUUAUCUGUUAUCCCUCGACGAUAACUUCGUCGUCGACCAGACCGUCAUAAUCCCAAUCAUCCAUAUUGUUCACUUUGAUGCAGAGGACAAGAUCGUGCAGAUCCGCCAGUACUGGGACCAGGCGUCGUUGCUGAGAAAGCUCAAUGUCAUUGGAUCACGGAACAACUGGCCAAUCUCUGAUAGCGUGGAACAGAAACGCCUAAUCAGCUCGUCGAUUGCGGCUGCAGCCAAGUGCUCGAAGAAAGCUGAGGCGGAGCCUGAACCAAAGAAGCCCGAAGAGACAGAGCCUAAGAAGGCCGCAAAGGAGCCGGAGACUCCCCUGUCCUUUUUCGAAGCCCAGAGCGUCGAGGAGCCGCAGCCGGCUACCAAGUCUCGCACCUCCACUUUCUCUGCAAAGCCAGCUCCGCGAGACUACAAUGAUCUGUUCCAGGGAGAUGGCGAGGAGCCCCUGGUGACUCCUCCUAGGUCGAGAGACCGGAUUCUGGGUACACCCAAGACCGUCUCAAAGACCUAUACCCAUUUCGAGUUUGGCGAAGGAAAGAUGCCCGGUGACCAGCCCGUGAAGCCGUCCAAGAAGCCCGGCCACUUUGAAUUCGCGGACGAGGCUGAGCCUCAUGUGCUAGAGGAGCAGAAGAAAGCAGCCGAGAAGUCACAGUCCAAGGGCCCAGGACACUUCGAGUUUGGAGAAGCUGAAGAUUGUCCCAUGCCUGUUCGCCCUCGAUCGUCCAAGCAUCUGUCCCAGUGGGACUUUGAAGACUUCGUGACUCCUGAGAAGCCCAAGAGAAGACCUGUUCGUGGCCAGGAGGUCCGUCAUUUCGGGUGGAGCGACGACGAGGUCGAGACGGUCACCCCCAAGCCAAAGCCACGCAUCGCCCAUCCACGACGUGAUGCUGAGACCCAUUUCAAGCUCCAGGAUGAGCAAACCCCUCUUCCAGCUGAGAAGGCCGCUGCAGGUGCUGCGCAUAACAGAGGCCUGAAGCUGUAUGAACACAACCUGUACGAAGAAGACGAGAAACGAGCGACUACCUCCAACGGUGCCAGCAACGGUAGCAACGGCACGCACAAACACAAGAAGAUCUUUGACGCCAAUUGGGAGAUGAAGGACGAGUUCGCGAAUGAAAACGGCAACGCAGCCGAGGAAGAGGAGAAGAAACCCGUCUCUCGCAGCCGUAUGGACGUCGUCAAGCUGAUGGACUCUAGCUGGGACAAGUUCGAUGAAAACUCGCCCCAGGAACAACAGCCCGUCGUCGACCGUCCCAUCCGCGCCAACCCAGCUCGCCAGAGCGUCUACUCCAGAAGCUGGGGCUUUGGAGAUGAGGAUUAA